UGAGCAUGCUCAGUUCACGGAGCAGACUCAGUAACAGAGGAGAGAAAAAAAAAGAAUCAAAUCUCAUGGGCAGAAUCUCCGAGCAGUGAAUUGAACAGGAACAAAAACGUGAAAUGGCAGAAGGAAAGGAGGACCAGAUGCCAGACAAAGCACCCCCAGCUGAAGUGGAUGACAAGACGGAGGCCAAACUCAUCCUGUAUCACUGGACACAGUCCUUCAGUUCCCAAAAGGUGCGACUGGUGAUUGCUGAAAAGGGGUUGAAAUGUGAAGAGCAUGAUGUAAGCCUUCCAUUGAGUGAACACAAUGAGCCUUGGUUUAUGCGUUUAAAUGCAUCAGGAGAAGUCCCUGUGCUCAUUCACAAAGAGAACAUAAUUUGUGAUGCAACUCAGAUUAUUGACUACCUUGAAGAUACUUUUGUGAAUGAAAAAACUCCAAGAUUAAUGCCAGAAGAAGGAAGUAUGUAUUAUCCAAGGGUUCAGCACUACAGAGAACUCUUGGAUUCCUUGCCUAUGGAUGCAUAUACACAUGGCUGCAUUUUACAUCCUGAAUUAGCAGUAGACUCCAUGAUACCUGCAUAUGCCACAACAAGAAUUCGUAGCCAGAUAGGUAAUACUGAAUCUGAAUUAAAGAAACUUGCUGAAGAAAACCCAGAUCUGCAAGACGCAUAUAUAGCAAAGCAGAAACGACUCAAAUCUAAACUGAUGGAUCAUGAUAACAUAAAGUACUUACAGAAAAUACUGGAUGAGUUGGAAAAAGUUUUGGAUCAGGUUGAGACUGAGUUGCAAAGAAGAAAUGAAGAAACGCCAGGUAGGAAAUUGUUUCCUUGGCUCUGCGGAGAAUUUUUUAGCUUGGCUGAUGUAUCCCUUGCUGUAACACUCCAUCGGCUGAAGUUCAUUGGACUGGCAAGGAGAAGUUGGGGAAAUGGAAAACGACCUAACUUGGAAGCCUAUUAUGAGCGUGUCUUGAAGAGACAAGCAUUUCAUAAGGUUUUGGGACAUGUCAACAACAUACUAAUCUCAGCAGUUCUUCCAACAGCAUUUCGAGUAGCGAAAAAGAGGGCACCCAAAGUUUUUGGCACAACCCUUUUGGCUGGCUUCUUAGCAGGAAUAGGGUAUUUUGCUUUUGUGUGUGCUCGGAAGAGGUUUUCCAACUUGCUAUUAUCAAUUAGAGGAAGGCAAAGUUAUCUGUAGGUGCUUCCUUGCCAGAUUGGAACCAUACUACUUUAUCCACUAAAGAGGAUGACUUGAAGAAUAAUGGACCAAAACAUUGUCCUCUAUUAUUAGAUUUUCUUCUGUUGUAGA